AUGGUGAAUUCUAGUGUAGCAGCUAAGCAAGCUAGGAAUGGUGACCAAACUUCUCGAUCUUUUGAAGCUCUUUUGCAAUCGUCGUCUUCUCCGGCCUAUCUUCUCCCUUUUCGUGAAUGCACCUCAAAAUUACAAGAUCCACUCCGUCCCCCUUGCUUCGGUAUUUAUGUGUGUGGGUUGGUGUUUGAAAAUCUCAUUGCUCAGGGUGAAUUGAACGAGGUGGGUGAAUUGAACGAGGUGGAGAAGAAAAAUGUGAAGAAGGCACAUAUUUUGUAUGACACCAUUGAUGGGAGCAAAAUGGUUCUUUUGUCCGGUGGAAAAGAGUGUGAGGUCAUUGAUGAAUGUGCCAUGUACUUUGGCAAAGUUGGAGUUUGA